CCAAACUUAAAAUCAGUAUCAAACGGGUCUGAUUCCUGCAGCACUGCAAAGUGCAAACCGCUUCCGCUUUCGACUCCACACAACUCUCACUCCCGGAAUUCCAUCUUGCUUAGAUGAAUCCGUCGAACAGCAGAAGCAACGGUGGCGCAGAAGAAGAUUCCAAUCACGAAAACGGUGAAACCUUCGUUCAAAUUUAUGGCCCACAGGGUAGAGCAGAAGUCGUUUUCAAGCAGCCAGAAGCAAACUCUACAUUGAAUUUGCAAGAAGUGCAAGGCCUUGCCACCUGGGUGCUUGCUGAAGGUUUCAUGCCAUCAUGGGUUUUUAUCAAAAACAAGCCUUUGAUUCCUAAAGUAGUUAUGCUGUAUGUGCCUGGGCUUGAUGCAGCGCUCUACUUGUCGCGAUCUAAAAAUCUCAAAAGUUUUAAACAAUGUUGUGGCAUUCCAAGAGCUGUUCUAGCUCUCAGCUGUGUAUCAGAUGGGACACAAACUAUAGAUGCACUUCUGACCUACAAAAUGAAAAGAAAAAGGGAUGAUGCUGAACAUGUCUCAAAAAUGGUUGCUGAAACAUCUAAACAAGGGUGUAUCGCUUCAACCUCAGAGGUUUCAUCUUUUCACGACCUUAAGAAAAACAUACCAUUUCCUGUGACUUAUUAUACCCUUACUGCUAAGGAAUUGGAAGAUAACUUAUACUGUUAUGAUAAGCCAGAGUAUCGCUCAACACUUCCUGCUUCUUCAGGAACCCCUCCAUAUGAGAUUUUAGCACUUGAUUGUGAAAUGUGUAUUACAAAAGAAGGAUUUGAGCUCACUAGAGUCACACUGGUAGAUUUUAAAGGGCAGGUUGUAUUAGAUAAACUGGUUAAGCCACUAAAUGAGAUUACUGAUUAUAAUACAAGGUACAGUGGAAUUACUCCUGAGAUGAUGAAUGGGGUGAUGACUACUCUUAAAGAUAUUCAGGAGGAUUUUCUACAACUGGUCAAUAAAGAGACUGUUCUGAUUGGGCAUUCCUUAGAGAAUGAUUUGUCAGCUCUAAAGAUAAUUCACAAUUUGGUAAUUGACACUGCCGUAUUGUACAAACACCCGAAAGGAAGAUCAUACAAAACUGCACUUCGUGUUCUGAGCAGGAAGUUUCUUGGGAGGGAGAUCCAAGAUUCUGUAAAUGGGCAUGAUAGCGUUGAAGAUGCAAGAGCUGCAAUGGAACUGGCCCUGCUUAAGAUUCAAAACGGACCUGAUUUUGGUUCACCGCGAUCAACUUUUAUGCGGAAGAAACUCCUCACAGUUUUGAGUGACUCUGGAAAAACCUCUUCCAUAAUUGACAGUAUAUCCGUAGUGAAGAAGUACGCUUCUGAGUCAUCCCAUUCAAUUGCAGUGUCGUCUGAUGAUGAAGCUCUUUCAAAAGCCAAUAAAGAGGUGAGAAAUCGUAAGGUGCAUUUUAUAUGGACCCAGUUUUCCGAAUUGGAUUCCUACUUCAAGAAAGAAUCAGAUGAUGCAGAGAAGCUGAAUAGGAAAUUAGCUCAGAUGAUAUCACUGCUAACGUGUGAGAUCAGGAAGGCUUCAAACAAAAAAGGCAUCAAAUAUGACAUCACACCUGAAUUGGAGACCAUUCUGAACCGCAUGGAUACCAGGGUUAAAAACCUCUAUGCCAAUCUACCUCAAAAUGCCAUGCUUAUUAUUUGCACUGGUCAUGGAAACACUGCAAUUGUUCAACGAGUCAGGAAGAUGUUGGGUCAAACUGAAACAGCAAUGUGCAGGGAGAAACUUGUCAAAGUACUGGAAGAGCUGCAGGCCCAAGCUGAGGUGGGGUUAUGCUUUGUGGGUGUCAAACAUUAAUACUUGCACUAAUGAUGAUGAUGAUGAUGAUCCAUUCGUCCCCUCCUACACACAUUGUACAUUUUGGUAUGAGCACCGAGAGAGGAAUUGCAGAGCUGUUGGUUCCUUCUGAAUUGCUUGAGGAGGGCCCGACUUCUUCAUUGAUGGUGGUGAGGGGAGAGACUUCUGCUUCCAGUUCAUGUUGGAGAUUUCUGUGUGUAACUUGUGAGGAUUCCACUCUCGACCUUUUGGAUUGGACUUCUUGGCAGCUUGAUCGUAGUCUCUUAGUCGUUUUAGUUUUGAUCUUGUUGAGGGCUGUUCGGAGAAGCUCGUUGGAGGGGACUUCUAUUCCUGCUUGUAUUUCUGGGGCUCCCACUUUUGAGGUUUGGAAGAGGAUUUUCCUCCAAUUUGAUGGUUCCUUAAUGGCUCCCAGAAUCCCCUUCUUCUUCAGAAGCUCCCCAAUUAGAAAUCCAUAUCCUACAUUCCUACACAUGGGAAGGUAUGGUCUUCUCUUCUCUCUUCAUGUGAUUUGUUGACAUAUUCCUGGAGUUGAUUGUAAACAUACCUUGACCAAUUGUGUGGGGACCCUGAGAUUAUAUGGCAGCCAGUGGAACUGCCCUUUUUGCGUUUAUCUC